AACCCGGAGGGCGCCGGGUAUUACCACAGUGUGCAGAGAAGGCAGAGCUGCGUCUUCCUUUUAUUUUUCCUGGUUCCUCUGGAGAUUAAAUGUACUUCACAGAACCUCAGCGAGCGGACUCCAGUUAUACUCCGUGCUCUCGUCGGCACGCAUUUCACUUCUAGGCUCUGCGCAUCUGCUCCUGGCAUGGCGCUGCGGCACCUCGCCCUCCUGGCUGGCCUUCUCGUGGGAGUCACCAGCAAGUCCAUGGAGAACAUGGCCCAGCUGCCCGAGUGCUGUGUGGAUGUGGUGGGCGUCAACGCCAGCUGCCCAGGCGCAAGUCUGUGUGGUCCAGGCUGUUACAGGCGCUGGAACGCGGACGGGAGCGCCAGCUGCGUCCGCUGUGGGAACGGAACCCUCCCAGCCUACAACGGCUCCGAGUGUAGAAGCUUUGCUGGCCGGGGUGCGCCAUUCCCCAUGAACAGAAGCUCAGGGACCCCCGGGCGGCCACAUCCUGGGGCUCCGCGCGUGGCCGCCUCCCUCUUCCUGGGCACGUUCUUCAUCAGUUCCGGCCUCAUCCUCUCCGUAGCUGGGUUCUUCUACCUCAAGCGCUCCAGUAAACUCCCCAGGGUCUGCUACAGAAGAAACAAAGCCCCGGCCCUGCAGCCUGGCGAAGCUGCUGCAAUGAUCCCCCCGCCACAGUCCUCAGGUAACAGCAGCUGUCGCAUCCCCCUGUGGGGUUUCCCAUCUCUGGGCCAGUCCCAGGGUGCUCUGUGGGUUUGUCCCAAACAAACGGGUUUGCCUGGCUCUGGAUCUCGGCCGCCCCUGCCCGGGUCCCCAGGAGACCCACCCACGAGGCAGGGCCAGGGCCGGAUUUGGCCGGCGCCCCCUGCUCUGGAUCUCAGCUGGAUUUGGCCGGCACCCCCUGCCCGCGCCCCUUUAAUCCCCGUGACUUCCAUGCUCUUUCCUGUUCCCGAGACGUGGGGUCUGCAGGAAAGGAGGACCCACCACGACAGGGCAGACCCCCAAUACCUGCUCCUCCUUGAAGUCCAGCUCCACCCAAGAACAGACGCAGCCGGCCUCCGCCAGGCCCUCCUGAGCAGCCAUCGCUUCAGUGGUGCUGGGUCAGGCGGACCCAAGAGUCAGCCCGUACGGAAGCCGCGCUACGUCAGGCGGGAGCGGCCCCUGGACAGGGCCACGGACCCCGCUGCCUUCCCGGGGGAGGCCCGUAUCAGCAAUGUCUGACCUGGAGGCCGAGACCACGCCACGCACUUGGCGGCAGGGACCCGGAGGCCGACCCCUUGGCGGGAACCAGCACAAAGUGUUGGCAUCGCCCGGCGCCCGGGACAGUCCUGGGCACAGCCUCGGCUCUGAGUCCCUCCGCCUCCCAGCGACGGAUGCCAAAGGGUCCCGGGCCGCCUGAGGCUCCUUCCCACCACAGCCAUCUCGUUUAUCGGACCAGGAGCAGGCAUCCGUGAGACCUCAGAGCUUCAGAUCGAGGCCUUGGGGGGGUCCGGGCCCCCCAGGAAACACGGUGAGGCCCCAGCACCUUGCAGCCAAAGCUGGCACGAUCUAUGGGGCAGGCGCCGCUCUGCCUAGAAAAGCCAGGGGCGCCGUGCCCUCCGGAGCCCACGGCGGGCAGGACUCUUCCAGCACCACCGCACCCAGUGGCCCGAGACCCCUCUGAGAACAGUGAGGCUGGUCCUCGUGCCGUUCCAGCCGGUGCCCGGCCAGUGGGGAGGACGCAGCCUAGGAACCAGCUGCCUGAGACCAGGGUGCCUCUGGGCUGUCCUCCCGCGUGGCGGAGACCCCAAGCACGCAGCCACCCAUUUCCGGAACUGCAGGAUAGAGCUUCCUCUUGAUCUCUGUUUUUAAGCAGAAAUUCAUUGUGCAGGAAAGUCCUCCAGAGCUCUGCGGCCCCGCUCGGAUCCGCUGGACCCCCGUGCCUGGCUGAUCCCUGCCCACGUGGGGCAGGCCCACAUCUAACCCCCACAAGUCACUGCCUCACUGCACCUGCCAAGGCUGCCCUGGCGCUGUCUGAGUCCUGGGGUCCCUCCCGGAGUUCCUGGGAGAAAGGCGCCGUCGUGGCCGCCUCCCGCACGCCAGGCCCGGGCUCCACCGUGGGUCUCAGACGCCCUGGGGCAUUGGCACUGUCUGCUUUAGCAUGGGACCCCCAUCUGAGGGGUGGCCUGGCCUUCGGGGUCCCCACGCUCCUUUGCGAAGUCCACUGUGGGUGCCAUCAUGGUCUCCGGGACCUGGGCCAGCGGGAACGUGGGGGCACUGGGUGUGCUGAUAUAAAGUCGGCAUUACUCAA